AUAGGAUGGAAGGGGCGAAGUGUCCUUUUCAUCCGGAAUUCGUUCCCAGAUUAAUCAAUAUGGCCCUGGCAACCUGGAAAAAGUGUACAACAAGCUCCUUGAUUCGCCGCUCUUCGCAAACACUGGCAGUCAUUGGCAAGACAGCUUAUAUUUAUGGGGGCGAGUUGCGCCCUCGCGAACCCGUCGAUGCAGCCAUUUACUGUUGCACGGUUUGUCAGGAUCAAAGCUCCCAAGAUAGCCAGAUCAGUACAAUCCCUGCAAUAGGGGCACCGCAGCCUCGGGUAGGUUCGUCGUCGACGUCUCUGAAGGGCAAGCUCUAUCUCUUCUCGGGUCGGAGCGGCACAGCCAUGGCUCCAAUCGAGGAGCGAGGCACGCUCUGGAGUUUCGACCCUCAAAUUCAAUCCUGGGCGGCUAUCACGCCGAUCGACACCGAGGCUCCAUUCCCGCCCGGGCGCAGCUAUCAUGCUCUGGCUAACGACGGGGAUGACACCAUCUAUCUCCACGCCGGGUGUCCAGAGAAAGGGAGACUUGCCGAUGUAUGGUCAUUUCGUCUCUCCCAGAGGCAGUGGCAGCAGCAUGCUGCUGCCCCCGGCCCGCCGCGAGGAGGAACCUCAAUCGCCUUUGCCCGCGGGAAACUCUGGCGCAUGAACGGCUUUGAUGGGAUUAAGGAGCAAGGAGGAGCUGUCGACGUGUUUGACCCAGCCGACGACCGUUGGACUUCAAUUCCAUUCGCCGCCGACGGAAAAGAGGGGCCUAUACCCCGGAGCGUUUGCUGUUUACUAGCAUUAAAGAUGCGGGGUCGCGACAGUCUCUUAACUAUGUUCGGCGAAAGCGAUCCCAGUAAUCUAGGACAUCAAGGUGCUGGCAAAAUGCUCGGAGAUAUAUGGGCCUUCGACAUCGAAUCCCAGCAUUGGCAAGAGAUCCGGACACAGGACAGCAAGAUCCCAUCGCCACGUGGCUGGUUCGCUGCCGACGUGGUCGUCGCUGGUCGUGUUCUGCUGCAGGGUGGACUGUCGCCGUCCAAUGACAGACUCGACGACCUUUGGUUGCUCGAGUUGGAUUAAGCCCUUACAGCAGGUGCCAGGGACGUGGGAAGGAGGAGAUACUGGUACAUACCUACCUACCUAUCUAGUACUUAAGUGGUACCUAUACAGGUGAAACGAGUAAUAAUUAAAGAGGUGGUACUAUACUAGGUACUCUACUUAGGUAAGUACUUACUAGGUACUGUACCCAAAAACUACCUAUACUUACCUAAAGACAAGUACGAGGCACUACUUUACUUUAAGGACAUAGAAGUACUAAGUACUAUUCUCGAUUUAGUCUUAAGUUACUUACAUUGAAGGCAAGUACGACCUGGCUAUGA